GAUGUGGGGCGGGAUAGUGGAAGGGGAACUAGGCGCAAAAAUCGAAGCAGAGUUCUUUGUCCUAGUCUCGAAGAUUCUCGAUUUGUUGGGAAAGCCAAAGGUUUCUGAUUUAUUUCCAGUUCUUGCCAGGUUUGAUAUGCAAGGUAUAAAGAGACAGAUGGAGGGUUACAUGCAAUCCGCGGACACGAUUUUUGAAGCCGUUAUUGCAUAACACAAGAACAAAUCGUCCGGAGAAAUCAAGAGAGAGGCCGGAAGGAAGGACUUUCUCCAAAUCCUGUUAGGCCUUCAAAAGAGUGAAGAUUCGGCCGUGUCAAUUAGUCAUACAACAAUCAAGGCCAUGUUAGCCGAUAUCGUGGGAGGCGGGACUGAUAGUACAACAAGGACAGUUGAGUGGGCAAUUGCUGAGCUAAUGAAUAAUCCCGAGGUCAUGAGCAAGGCGCAAAAAGAAUUAUCCGAAGUAGUGGGAUCGAACAACAUUGUCGAAGAGUUCCAUAUUCCGAAAUUGAAAUAUUUGGAAGCAAUUAUCAAAGAAACACUUCGCUUAUAUCCACCGGCACCCAUCCUGAUUCCCAAGUCGCCUACCGAAUCUUCCACAAUCGGGGGAUACACUAUCCCGAAGAAUACACGGGUCUUUAUAAAUAUGUUGGCCGUCCAUAGAGACCCUUGCAUUUGGGAUAGUCCAAUGGAAUUCAGGCCCUUAAUUAAAAAUAUUUAUAUGAAUACUCAACGAGAAGGAUCUUCAACUACUCGUCCACCUCUCCUAAUCGGCUCCAACUACUCAUACUGGAAAUCGAAAAUGAAGAUGUUUAUCAAAUCCAUAGAUGAGAGAGCAUGGCGCGCCAUCAUAACUGGUUGGACACCUCCCAUGGUCAAAGGAGAAGACAAAAUGGAAGUAUUCAAACCAGAAGCAGAUUGGAAUGAUGGAGAGAUACUACUCGCAAACUACAACUCAAGGGCCCUAAACGCAAUAUUUAGUGGUGUUGAUGAUAAUCAAUUCAAACUAAUAGCGUCUUGUGAAUCUGCAAAAAGAGCUUGGGAAAUCCUUCAAGUCACAUACGAAGGAACGUCAACUGUAAGGACAUCCAAGCUACAAAUGCUGGCCACCAAAUUCGAAAAUUUGAAGAUGGAGGAGAAUGAGACGAUCACUGACUUCCAUGCUAAAUUAUGUGAUAUCUCCAAUGAAUCAUACGCACUCGGUGAACCAUACUCAGAAAGCAAAUUAGUGAGAAAAGCGAUGCGCUCAUUACCUGAAAGAUUCGCUUACCGAAUUGCUGCCAUUGAAGAAGUCAGAGACGUUGACACGCUCAAACUAGACGAACUCAUGGGGAAACUUCUAGCACAAGAACUCAAUCAUGGUGAAAAUCAUCGUGAAAAGUCUAGAGAAAAGAAGAUAGCCUUUCAAGCAGAAACAUCAUAUGCAACGCCCCAAAAUUCGUCAACUCAAGAAGAUGAGCAAACAGUUGAAGAAACCUUGGCACUACUAUCGAAAAAUUUUGGGAAAUUUCUCAAAAAGAUCGGAAAAAGGGGAAAUCUUCCAAGCACAGGGAAACCCGUGAAUUUUCAAAAUUCUAGGAGAAAUUCAAAUCAAGAUAACUCAGAGGAGUCAAAACCAAGAAGAAUACAAUGUCGAGAAUGCGAAGGUUUUGGUCACAUUCAAUCAGAAUGCGCAAACACCCUGAAGAAAAAGAAGAAAAUGUCACUUACUACUGUUUGGAGCGAUGAAGAAGAAUCUGAUGAUGACCAAGGAAGCAACGAUCAAGUCACUAACUUCGUAGCAUUCAGCAGCAAAGUUCCUCUGGACAGCUCAGAAUCAACUGUUGCUUCAACUGUUGCAACAGACUGUGAAACAGAAUCCAGGUAUGAAAAUAUGUGUUCUGACUAUGACAAAAAUCUAAACGAAAAUUCUUCUUUUGCAGAGGAUCCGAACAGCAGCAGUGAUGAGGAAGAACCAACCUUGGAUGAAGUAAAUGAGGUAUAUGAAAAAAUGUACCAAAAAUGGCUCGACGUCGUUAAGGUAAAUAACUUCCUGGAAAAGGAGAAGUUUGUGCUUGUAGAGGAAAACAAGACACUGAAGGUAAGAAUCUCUACUCUUGAGGAAAGGGUCAUAUCUAGUGAUCAAGAGAAAAAAAGUUUGCAGGCUAAACUUACUCAAACUCAAGAAGCAAUUGCAAAAUUGAACUUGGGUAGAGGUAAUCUAGAUGAAAUCCUAAGCAACAACAAGCCAAACUAUAAUCGUCUAGGCAUAGGAGGGAGUCAGCUACCCAAAGUUGAUCUAAAGCAAAAGGAAGAUCAAAACAGAAAAAUCAACUUUGUUAAACAAGCUUCUGUCUCACAAACAGUUGCAACUGUUGAAGCAACGAAACACGAUUCAAAGAAAAAGUUUAUUCCCACUUGUUUUUUCUGUCAAAAACUAGGUCACAUACGUCCUAGAUGUUUCAAAUAUUUAAAACUUGUGAAAAAGCUUGUGGCUCGUUCUCUUUACUCUGCUAGGGCUGAUUAUUUUCCUUCACCCUCUCAAAAACCCAAAAAUAAAAUUGAUAUUUCCAAUAGACCUCAGCAAAAAAUUUGGGUUGAAAAGUCCACGUUUAAAUGCUUAUCGGCGAUUACUUCUUUAAAAGCAAGUACUACUAAUGAUUGGUAUUUUGACAGUGGGUGUUCACGACAUAUGACCGGUGUUAAAGAGUUUCUGAAAAACUAUCAACAAAUCACCGGUGGAGCUGUUACCUUUGGAAACGGAAAAAAGGGUGAAGUGCUAGGGAAAGGAUCUCUAAAUUAUGAGAAUCUGCCAAAGCUGAAGAAUGUACUGCUUGUAGAAGGACUCACGUCAAAUCUGAUAAGCAUCAGCCAGCUAUGUGAUCAAGAUCUUGAAGUCAGAUUCAACAAAUUCGCAUGUCGAGUAUUAGACAAAGACGAGAAUUGUGUUAUUCAAGGAACUCGAUCAUCUGACAACUGCUAUAUUCUUGUCUCUGCAGGUAUGAACUGUUUCAACAGUCUGUCAGACUCUACAGUGCUUUGGCACAAAAGAAUAUCUCAUGAAUUCUCCGCACCUAAAACACCUCAACAAAAUGGAGUGGUUGAACGCAAAAAUCGCACUCUGCAAGAGAUGGCCAGGGUCAUGAUGAACGCAAAGGAGAUCGCUCCUCGUUUUUGGGCAGAAGCAGUUAACACUGCAUGUCAUAUUAUAAAUCGAGUCUAUCUUCGACCAGGACCACUGGAAGAGGAACCAACAAAGGAAUCGGAAAACAGCUCCAGUGUCGCACCAACAGUUCCAACAGUUGAUGCAGCCUCUACCAUUUCAGAAGAAAGUGACGUCAAUUCUGAAACAGGAGAUGAAGCUGAAGUCAGGCCUCUCGAAUUGAAUGAUCAAACUCACAAGGAACCCUCAAGAAGAGUCAAGAAGAAUCAUCCAGUGGAUCAAGUCAUUGGUUCGGUAGAUGAAGGAAUCCAAACCCGAGGUAAACCCAAGGUGAAUUACAAGGAAAUGGCAAGGUAUGUUUGUUUUACUUCGACUAUAGAACCCAAAAACGUCAAAGAAGCCUUAUUAGAUGAAUAUUGGAUUCAAGCCAUGCAUGAGGAACUCGAACAAUUCGUUAGGAAUGACGUUUGGGUCUUGGUCCCUAGGCCUGACAAUGUGAAUAUAAUAGGUACAAAAUGGGUUUUUAAAAAUAAGUCUGAUGAACACGGAAAUAUCGUUCGUAACAAAGCUAGAUUAGUUGCUCAAGGCUAUAGUCAAAUCGAAGGCAUUGACUUCGAUGAAACUUUUGCCCCUGUUGCUAGACUAGAAUCUGUUCGAUUACUCCUAGCCAUUGCUUGUUUUCUAAAAAUCAAACUUUUUCAAAUGGAUGUCAAAAGCGCCUUCUUAAAUGGUAUUUUAAAAGAAGAAGUUUAUGUUGAACAACCCAAAGGAUUUCAAGAUCCACAUUAUCCCAAGCAUGUUUUCAAAUUAAACAAAGCCCUGUAUGGUCUCAAACAAGCGCCUCGAGCCUGGUAUGAGCGUCUUACAGAAUUUUUAUCGCACAAGGGAUACACUAGGGGUAGCGUCGAUCGAACUCUUUUCUUUAAAAAAUCAAAGGGAGACAUCCUGAUUGCUCAAAUUUACGUAGAUGAUAUCGUUUUUGGAUCUACCUCACAAACAAAAAUCGAAGAAUUUGUUAAACAAAUGUCUAGUGAAUUUGAAAUGAGCAUGGUUGGGGAACUCACGUAUUUUUUAGGUCUUCAAGUUAAACAAAUGAGUGAUGGAAUUUUCAUAACUCAAUCCAAGUAUGCAAAAAACCUUGUAAAACGUUUUGGUUUGGAAUCUGCAAAAACUGUUAGAACUCCUAUGGGAACGAACGACAAACUGUCGCGACAGUUGGAUGCAACAGCUGUAGAUCCCACACUUUAUCGAAGCAUGAUAGGUAGUCUUUUAUAUCUUACUUCUAGCCGACCAGAUAUAUGCUAUAGUGUUGGAGUUUGUGCCAGGUAUCAAUCCAAUCCCAAGGAAUGCCACCUUAGUGCUGUGAAACGAAUCAUUCGCUACGUAAGUGGAACAAUUGAUUUCGGUAUUUGGUAUUCUAUGGAUACUAACACAACACUUGCAGGCUUUAGCGAUGCAGAUUGGGCAGGUGAUGCAGAUGAUCGAAAGAGCACAACUGGAGGAUGCUUCUAUCUUGGUAACAAUCUCGUGUCCUGGUACAGCAAAAAACAGAAUAGUAUCUCGCUUUCCACUGCCGAAUCGGAAUAUAUCGCCGCAGGUAGUUGUUGUGCCCAACUCUUAUGGAUGAAACAAAUGUACAGCACUCUCGAACUAAGCAUAUUGAAAUCCGGUACCACUUCAUUAGAAAUCUGGUAG